AUGAGAUCUCAGGCUUGCGAACCAUGCGCCAAGCGCAAAGUGCGGUGCGAUAGAGCAGAGCCCCCUUGCUCGAACUGCAAGCGGCGUAAGCGUGAUCAUUGCUCUUAUCCCGAGGUAUCGCCCUUUGAGAGAAUUAGGAAGUUGGAGGACACGGUGCGAUCGCUGAGUGGAGAUGCGCCAGACAAAACCCGGGGAUCCAGUGUGGUUGUUAAUAUUGCUACGUCGGAGGGGAGUGCGCAGACUCCCAUUAUUGUGCAGGAGGAGGGUCGCUCGGUCUAUCACGAGUCCGAAGGUUGGCAUAGUUGGAUCGACGUAACGCGACUUUGUAAAGGCGCCAAACCACACUUCAACGCCUCCGACCCUCGCGGCUCCUCGUUAUCGCCUGGGAAAUUCCUCCCUCACGCGUUUCAAAGCUCUCCUUGGAUAAACAGUAGCCUAUGCUCCGAAGGGUUCCCGAUCUGCCCCAUCCCGGCCGAAGAAGCUCUCAAACUCUGGAAUCUGUUUAUGGAGCGAGUCGAGCCUCUUGUCAAGAUCAGCUUCAAAUGGACUCUUGACCAUCUUCGGGCUGCGUUAACAGAUGCAGAAAAGUGGACAAAGCUUGAAGAUGGCGAACAGGCUUUGGCCUUGUCGAGUUGUUUAUUUGGGGCCAUGAGCUUGGCGACCCACGAGAGUUUUAGUAUGUUUGGUCGGUCGAAGGCGUCGCUCAUAAAUGACUGUCGUUUCCAAUGCGACGUUGCAUUUUCGAGAAUUAGUCUACUAGCUAUCGACGAUAUUUCGACCUUGAAAGCCUUGUGCAUGUACAUCAAAGCCAACGUCGACGCCUUAUCAUCCCGCAGCCUCUGGUCCUUAAUGGGUCUCGUUUCCCGAAACGCCGAACAACUUGGCUUCCACCGCGACGGAGCAGCCCUGGGCCUUCCUCCAGUUGAAACAGAAGAGCGCCGGAGAGUCUGGUGGCAGCUGCGACACGUCGAUCUCGUCUUAUCCAUCAAAACCGGCUUGACGCCACUGUCCUUUGGAGCAGCCUGGGACGUCAAGCUCCCCCUCAACAUUGAGGACAGUGAUAUUGAUCCAAAGUCCCAAGUACCGCCCAAAGAGAGGACAGGACUGACGAGCUUCUCGUAUACGCUCUAUAACUACUACGUUAUGGAGAAGCAACGAGGCUUUCGGACCAGUCAAACAAGCGAGGGAGGAUACGAAAACUCCUUACUGGGGUGUCUCGCAGAUACCAUCGUCAAUGAUCUUGAACAAAGCAUUAACGAAACGUUUUUGCAAUACUGCGACCCUAUCAUUCCGCUGCAUAUGAUCCUCCAACUCUCGGGACGGGCUCUUAUUAAUGUUAUGCGACUGAGGAAUAUGCAUGAAGCUCGAAUGCAAUCCAAGAAUGGUGAUGAUGAUUGUCACAUUGAGCAUUUCAAUACAUGUAUGCAAGCGAUGAAGUACAUCGUUGUUUCACAUUCAAAUCCUCAACUUAAGCCCUUCACGUGGUUGAUGGAGGUGUCAUUUGUUUGGCACGCUUUUAUCGGAAUUCUAGUUGACAUGCCAAACCUAUCAGACGUAGCCAUGAUCCAAUCAGCUUGGACACUGCUGGCAGAGUUAUACAGUGUCACAGCCCAUAUAUCCGAUCUCUCGGAGGAUAGAAGGAACUUACACGCAGCUAAGUCGGUCGUUACAACAUGGUACGAAUGUCAACAAAAGCAAGGUCUGCGAGAUAUGGAAAAGCCCGGGUUUGUGUCAGACCUUGAGAGACGUCUAUGGGAGCUAGAUGGAAAUGGAAAUGGAAAUGGAAAUGGAAAUGGAAAUGGAAAUGGUGCUGACGAUGCAAGCGGUAAUGACGGACAAAUUAAUUUGCAGAACGUUUGGCAGAAUCAGACCAAAGAGGAUGAGCUGCUGCCGUUUGGUUUUGAGUUUGCGGAUAUCGACUGGGCGUUUUGGGACAGUAUGUGUUAG